UUCCUCCUCUGGCUAGGCUAACUACUUCCUUCCCAACCAUAUGCCAAGUUGCUAGCCACACACUCUUUCAAUGCUUUUCCUCUUCUUCUCUCUCAUCACUCUCUUUCUCUCUCUAUAAAUACAACAAAAAGACACCCACCUCCAUAAACAUAUUAGUCAGCUGAUCCUCCUCUCAUACAUACAUCUAAUAUAUCUCUACCCAUUCCACUGUGUGUUCAGUGUGUGAAAAUGGCACCAGCUUUUAUGUGGAACUCUUCCAAAACAGUCUGUGUGAUGGACGCCUCCGGCCAGUUAGGCUCCGCCCUCGUCCGCCGCCUCUUGCAGAGAGGCUACACCGUCCACGCCGCCGUCCACGACCGUGAGGAAUUGCAGUGUUACAAGAGGCAGUCAAUUGAGAACAAGAAAUUGAGAGUAUUCAAUUCAGACCCAUUGGAUUAUCACAGUAUUAUGGACGCUCUUAAGGGCUGUUGUGCUUUGUUCUACUCUUUCGAGCUUCCUUCCGACAACCCCACCUACGAUGAAUACAUGGGUGAAAUGGAAGUAAGAGCAGCUCAUAAUGUACUAGAAGCGUGUGCACAAACAGACACCAUUGACAAGGUUGUCUUCACUUCUUCCGCCACAGCUGUCAUCUGGAGGGGCCAACACCACCACAACACCACCACCACCACCCUACCGCCUCAUCUCGACGAAAAAAACUGGAGCGACGUUAAUUUCUGUAAAAAAUUCAAGUUGUGGCACGGCCUGUCAAAGACGAUAGCGGAGAAGACCGCGUGGGCCCUGGCGAUGGACAGAGGAGUGAAUAUGGUUUCGAUAAACGGAGGGCUUUUGAUGUGUCCGAAUUUGAGCAUUAAGGAUCCGUAUUUGUUGGGUGCUGCCGAAAUGUUUAAAGACGGCGUUUUCGUUACGGUGGAUAUCGAAUUCUUGGUCGAUGCCCACAUUUGUGUGUUUGAGGAUUCGUCUUCUUACGGGAGAUACCUUUGUUUUAAUAGAAUUAUAAACUGCAACGAAGAUGCCGAUACCCUAGCGAAUAUGCUCUUACCGUCGUCGCCUUUGUCUUCUCCACCUCACACGUUGGAGGAAAACAGAGUGUACCACCAGCAGAGGAUUAGUAAUGAGAAACUAAACAAGCUUAUGGUUGAAUAUGAGAGUGGGCUGCAAGAAGAAGAAGCAUCAGCUGAUGACGUGUGAUUAUUUAUAUAUAUUGCAUAUAGAUACAUAUAGAUAUAUAUGUAUGUAUGUAUAGUCUAUAGAGAUAGAUUAUGCUCUUAAUAAUUCAUUGAACCUAGGGUAGCCAAAAAAAGAGGAAGAAAAGAAAAAGUGUAAAGUGUAACUGAUUACAUGGGAUUGAUUAUUCCAUUCAAUGAACUCAGCCACAUUUUAUUAACAGUUGGCGCCAUCCUAAAUGGGAUGUAUUUUGAUUAUUUAAAAA